AUCCAACUCCAUCUAAACAAGAAGUGGACAGAUCAAGAAGAAGAGGAGGGAGAAAGAGGAAGAAGGAGAAGCAAAGAGAGAAGCUAGCCAUCAUCAUCAACGACUAGAAUAGAGCAAGGUUUUCCCGGAGAUUCUAUGGAAGUUGGCCGGAAAAUGUCGAGCAUGCUCGGGGCUGAGCGUGGUUUUGAUUUCAAAGAGACUGAACUCUGUCUGGGGCUGCCUGGUGGAGGUGGAGCUGAAGCCGAGACGCUCAAGGCUUCUGGAAAGAGGGGGUUCUCCGAGACUGUUGAUCUCAAACUCAACCUUCAGUCCAAGGAAUCAGGAGUGGAUCUGAACGAGAAUGUCGAGUGUCCACCCAAGGAGAAGAACCUCCUUCCUUGCACCAAGGAUCCGGCCAAACCACCUGCCAAGGCACAGGUGGUGGGUUGGCCACCAGUUCGAUCAUUUAGGAAGAACAUAAUGGCUCAGAAGAACAGCAGCGAGGAGGGUGAGAAGGGAAGCAGCGGUGCUGCAUUCGUGAAGGUUUGCAUGGAUGGCGCGCCAUAUCUUCGCAAGGUGGACUUAAAGAUGUACAAGAGCUACCAAGAACUCUCUGAUGCAUUAGGCAAGAUGUUCAGUUCCUUCACCAUGGGCAACUAUGGGGCCCAGGGAAUGAUAGAUUUUAUGAAUGAGAGCAAGUUGAUGGAUCUUUUGAACAGCUCUGAAUAUGUUCCAACCUAUGAAGAUAAGGAUGGAGACUGGAUGCUCGUGGGUGAUGUUCCAUGGGAGAUGUUUGUUGAUUCAUGCAAGCGCUUGCGUAUAAUGAAAGGAUCAGAAGCAAUUGGUCUUGCACCAAGAGCAAUGGAGAAGUGUAAGAAUAGAUGCUGAACCAGCACAGCCUCGUACAAGUUCAGCAUCCAUGAAGCCUAGAAGAUAAAGCUAGCAGCACUGUGUUCAAGCUUUGAUUGAUGAGGAUGUUGUUUGGAUGUGUCUGUAUUUUUAUUUGAUGGUAUAUAAUUAUCAAAGAUCUGGGCAUUUGUAAUGGACAAGAAGCAAUAAACGUAGCUAUUGUUUGGCUUGUUUAUUACUAAUAGGUUGUCUAAUAAUCAUCUUUUUUGCUGUGUUGUUGUUGUUGUCCUUGCUGUCAUAGUUGUUGGGUGUUCUUAUUCCUUCAAUUUUAAUGCUAUUUUCAUUUAUUUUUA